AUGCUCCUGGACGCGGGGCCGCAGUUCCCGGCCAUCGGGGUGGGUAGCUUCGCGCGCCACCAUCACCAUUCGGCCGCGGCGGCCGCGGCGGCUGCUGCCGAGAUGCAGGACCGCGAACUGAGCCUGGCCGCGGCGCAGAACGGCUUCGUGGACUCGGCGGCCGCGCACAUGGGCGCCUUCAAGCUCAACCCAGGCGCGCACGAGCUGUCCCCCGGCCAGAGUUCGGCGUUCACGUCGCAGGGCCCCGGCGCCUACCCCGGCUCUGCCGCGGCUGCCGCCGCCGCCGCCGCGCUCGGGCCCCAUGCAGCGCACGUCGGCUCCUACUCUGGGCCGCCUUUCAACUCCACCCGGGACUUCCUGUUCCGCAGCCGCGGCUUCGGGGACUCGGCGCCGGGCGGCGGACAGCAUGGGCUGUUUGGGCCAGGAGCCGGCGGCCUGCACCAUGCGCACUCGGACGCGCAGGGUCACCUCCUCUUCCCUGGCCUCCCGGAGCAGCACGGGCCGCACGGCUCUCAGAAUGUGCUCAACGGGCAGAUGCGCCUGGGGCUGCCGGGCGAGGUAUUCGGGCGCUCGGAGCAGUACCGCCAGGUGGCCAGCCCGCGGACCGACCCCUACUCAGCGGCGCAGCUCCACAACCAGUACGGCCCCAUGAAUAUGAACAUGGGUAUGAACAUGGCAGCGGCCGCGGCCCAUCACCACCACCACCACCACCACCCUGGUGCCUUUUUCCGCUACAUGCGGCAGCAGUGCAUCAAGCAGGAGCUCAUCUGCAAGUGGAUCGACCCGGAGCAGCUGAGCAACCCCAAGAAGAGCUGCAACAAAACUUUCAGCACCAUGCACGAGCUGGUGACCCACGUUUCCGUGGAGCACGUCGGCGGCCCGGAACAGAGCAACCACGUCUGCUUCUGGGAGGAGUGUCCGCGCGAGGGCAAACCCUUCAAGGCCAAAUACAAACUGGUCAACCACAUCCGCGUGCACACAGGCGAGAAACCCUUCCCCUGCCCCUUCCCGGGCUGCGGCAAGGUCUUCGCGCGCUCCGAGAACCUCAAGAUCCACAAAAGGACCCACACAGGUAACUGCGGGCCGGGACAGGGAUGGGGCGCGGAGAGGAGAGAGGCUGUGGUUGGUUGGCUGGGGGAAACGCGCCGACCGCCAGCCCCUGCUCUCGGAUGGGAGGUGUUUUUGUGUCCCAGCCAAAAUCGUGCCAGACGAUUUCCUAAAAGAAAGCCAAAUGUUUUAGCAACUUCCCCCGUCAAUAUUUACUCCAAAGUGGGGAUGCGCCAGCGGCCUAUUGUUCUCUUCCGGGAAGGGAGGGAGCCGAGCGGCGGCGGGGGCGGCGGCGGGGCGGGCGGCGGGGGCGGCGGCGGCAGCGGCGGCGGGGGCAGCGGGACAGCCGGGGGCCACAGCGGCCUCUCCUCCAACUUCAAUGAAUGGUACGUGUGAGAGCCCGGGGCCUCUCUUCCUCUCCCGGUCCCCGCCCUGGCGCAGCCCUCCCUGUGGCGAGCGCUGAGGGCACCCUGUGAUGUGUUGUUAAAAUUAUGAAUC